UUAAACUGUAUGCUGUUGUUCUUCGUUCACUGCGGCCAUGACACACUGCAGUCUUUAAAAACAAAACCAUUCUAAAAAUAAAUAAAUAGAAAUUACCGUCAUUUUAAAAAGUUGGUUCGUGCUAACUUAAUUUUACAAUGUGGUUAUUUGAUAUUUUUUAAUGUAGGUGAAAUACCUUCUAAGUUACUGCUGCAGCAUAAAUUUAUAAAAUUACUGAGCUACUAAAUUUAUUAUACUGUAAGAAAGUUUACCAUAUUAAAACUGGGAUAAAUUAUGCCUGGAAAAGUCAAAGUUCGGAUAGUUGCGGGGAGAAAUCUUCCUGUAAUGGACAGAGCAAGCGACACCUGUGAUGCAUUUGUUGAAAUUAAGUUAAGCAAUACAACCUACAAGACAGAAGUGUUUCGGCAUUCUCUGAACCCAGAGUGGAAUUCUGAAUGGUUUCGAUUUGAAGUUGAUGAUGAAGAAUUACAAGAUGAGCCAUUACAAAUCAGAGUGAUGGACUAUGAUACCUACAGCGCAAACGAUGCUAUAGGGAAAGUAUACAUUGACUUAAACCCAUUAUUAUGUAAGGAAGCUGGCUCUUUACUUUCUGGAUGGUUUCCAAUAUACGAUACCAUGCAUGGAAUUCGUGGUGAAAUUAAUGUGAUGGUUCGAGUGCACUUGUUUAGUGAUUCUAACAAAUAUCGUGAAUCAUCAUGUGGAGUCCAAUUCUUUUACAGUGGUAGUAUUCCUUGGGGUUUUAAAGCUCAAGCCAUUCUUGGGUUCGUUGAAGAGUUAGUGGUGAAUGAUGAUCCAGAAUAUCAGUGGAUUGAUAAAAUUCGUACUCCUCGUGCUUCUAACGAAGCCAGGCAAACUCUAUUUUCUAAGUUAUCUGGUGAAGUUCAGAGAAAAAUUGGGCUUAAAGCUUUGGAACUUGGAGGAAAUGCUGUGAUAGGUUACCAUCAGUGCUUUGAUUUGGAAGGAGAGUCUGGAAUUGUAGUUCGAGGCAUCGGAACUGCUGUUAUUUUGACACAGAAUCUCUCUGCAGCUCAGUAUGAAGUUUUUCGAGAGUCUCCCGUGUUAGAAGAACAAGUCGUUCCAGGAACGAGUUCUCCGACAGCGUGCCACUCGCCUGCCAAAGGAGCCAUUUCUUCUGCACACAGAAGGUCUUCAGACUCUGAUCUCAGUGCAACUCCUAAAGGUGGCAGUUUGGGUGAUAAUAGUUGUGGAUUACGAUCAGUGCAAAGGCCUGCUGUUGCUCAAGAGAGUCUGAGUAUGCUGGAGUAUCCCUUUAUUACUAUGCGUCAGUUUCCAGCAGGUUUUAUUCAGCACAUUGGAGGGGUAGUUUCAGCACGUUCAGUCAAACUUCUUGUUCAAAUAAAUAACCCAGAUGAACCAGAGACUCGAGAUGCAUGGUGGACAGAGUUAAGGAAAGAAAUAAGAUCUCAUAUCCGUGCUUUAGGCUGCAAUGUAGUUCUUGGGUACAUGGAAACCACCAAUAUAAGUGAUGAUAUCUGUGUGUUGUCUGCAUCUGGUACAGCUGCUGUCUUAUGUACAUCAGAUCAAGAGGUGUCAAACAUAAGCACUCCUGCUUUGUCGAUGAACUUGCAGCCCCGCCCUAGCGUUGUAACUACUGGUGUACCGGGUGAUGAAAAGACAAAAGAAAUCCCAAAAGAUAAACCCUUGAAAAUUGAUGUCAAUCUAGCUAAUCAAAUAAGGCAAUCUCAUCUUCAUGAUUGGUCAGAGGACUUGAGCAAAAAUGCUGGCUGCAAAGUAUGCCAUAUUCCAUAUUCUGAGUCAAGUAUUCCCUUCCCCACCAAUUUAGUCAGAUGCAAUGUCUGCAGGAAAGCAAAAGUACCAGAUGUUCUUUUUAUGACAAUUGAACCACCACCAAAUAUUUCUGUAAAUGGCAAAAGUUGCCUGCUGCAAGCUAGGGUGUGCAAAAAUAAAAAAGAUGGUAAAGGUGAGCAAAAUGCUAAAGAAAUUAGUGAUAGUCUGCCUUUUCUUGAAUAUGAACUCCACAGGCAGUUGCUUAAUAAAUUAAAGGUGAAGUGCAUGAAUGCCAUAUUUGGUCUAAAGGUGCAAGUAUCUAUUGGAGAUAAACUAAUCAUAGGCAUAGCUACUGGCACUGGAGCAUAUUUAGCUGCUUUACCACCUCCAACUUUACCAAAAUUAGCAUGUGGAAAAGUUGUUGAUGAGAGAAAGAUGUCGGUGGUUCAGAGACAGAUCCAAGAAGCUAUGGACAAGAAUAGAGAGUAUUUUGGAAUAAAGUUACCUUCCAUGGAUGACUCUCACCAAUCUAUGGGCAAAAGUGAAGAUGGUUAUAGCAGUGAAGAAGAUUUACCUGAUAUUGAUUUGUCAGCAGGCAAUAAAGAUGCUUGCAUUUUAGAGGUUGAUGAUGCAGAUGAUGUUGAUAUUAUUUCUCAAUUAAUUGAUCCUAAGGUACCUCCUGGAUUUGAUUUAUGUAACACUGAAACUUUGCCUGGACUUGAUAAUUUUAUGUGCAAUCUACAAAUGUUCACUCGCAUUUUUCGCACAAAAUUUUCCAGUCCUCCCAAUGGAAAUCAAGUUUCUAAAACAUUUGAAUCUGUCAUUAAAAGUUUAUUUGUUAAAUUAAGAAGAUUAGUACCAUGCUGUCUCACAAAUUUAACCUUUCAAGUUGAUCUGGUUGAGCAAGAUGAAUUACAGGUUACUGUUCUUGGAAUAGCUAUUGGAUUAGGAGAAUUCAACUCUUCUCUUAAUAGUACAGGAUGCAAACAAUACAAACAAAAUGAUUCAGAACUAAUGUUCCACAUGGAAGUAGAGAAAAGUUCAGAAGCUGCCCAGCCUUUGAGUUUUAAUAGAAAACCACUUCAUUCCAGUGACAGAAGUUAUUGUUAUCAUAUGUCUCUUGGAGAGCACAAUGGUGUUGAUAUAACUCCUCUUACCUACAUUCCUGGAAAGAAAAUUGAACAGUAUCUGGGCGAUUUGGAUUUCUUUUUCAUUCGAGAGAGCAGUAGCAUAAGAGAAAGUGGUGGUUUGAAUGGUUUUAUUCAAAGUUUUGUAGCUGAAACACUCGCCAUAGUGAGGGCUCAUGUUUCUGCCCUUGGAGGCAAUGCUAUGGUUGGAUUUCAUAUGACCCAGUGCAUUUUACUCCACAAUCCUCAUAAAAACCAAGGACAGUGUCUAGUAAAUGUUGCUGGAGACGCAGUGUUCGUUCAGUUGCCAACAACUCAAGUUGCAGAUUGUGAUGAGGUAAAAUUAGCCAAUUUUGAAGUGCAAGAUUCCUAUGGGCCUUGAUCAUCACAAAAGUAUCUUUCAAAUCAUUAUUUUAAAUAUGUACAUUAAUUAUAUUUUAGAUAAAGCAAUGUAAAAUCUGUACAUAAUGCUCUUUAGUAUUUUUGUUUGUUUGCUGUUUUUAAAAUUAUUUAUUAGAGUUUUUUAUGAGGAAUUUAUUUUAUACAAUUUUUCACAUUGCAUUUAAUUUGUAAUUAUUUCAUCACUAUCUACAUUUGGUUUCAGUGUGUAAUGUUUAUCAUGUUAAGUAAUGAAACAAAUACAUGAGAUUUAUAUUUGUUUAAUUACUGUAAUUCACGAUGAUGGAACCAUUUUUAUUUUUCAAAAAUAUGUUAGAUAUCUAAUCUUCUAGUUAUAAAGAUUUGCAACAAAUUAUAUUUAUUGAAUUAAUAGAGUGUAUUCUAUAAAUAUUAUUACCAUAGACUAAUUCUGCCCCGCCCAAAAAAUCUUAUUAAAUUGUAAAAGAUUUCAGCUUAACAUUUAGCUAAAUGCCUUGCAGAAUGAAAUGUUUAGUUGCAAAUCAUUGCAGUUAAAAAUUUUAAACUAUUUACUUUUUAUUUCUUCAUUAAUUUUGAAUUGAAAAUGUUUUAGGAAAAAUACAACUAAUAACCCCCCAAAAUAAAUACAACUAAUUAUAUACAUAUAUAUGCUGUGAAAAUAGUCCACAUUUUAAGAAGAUUCAUAUGAAACCAAACAAUAUUUCUUGUUUUUAAUUAAAAAAGAAUGUGAGAACCAACCGUAGUACAUUUUUAUUUGGGCAGUGUUUUUUGUGAAGUUAAAAUUAAGCACUAUGUUUUGAUGACUUUGAAAUGUUAAAAUACUUUUUUACUUUCACUAAUUGUGCUGUAAAAUGUUAUAUCUUACAUAACCUGAUAAAAAGUUUGUGAUAUAUUAAAACAUUACUACAAAUUUAAUUUGUAGUUAUUUUACAAUCAAUAUUGACUUCAGUUAUGCUAUUUAUUAAAUUAAAUGUCUAAUUACUUGUUUUAUUGUUUAUGAUGAAUUUUAAUUUGUUUGAUUAUUCACCAACUUAAUGGUGGAAUGGGUUUAAGGAUGUGUUUAUAAAAUAAUUUAUUUUUAUGUAAAGUUUAAAUUAUAAUAUUGUAAAUUUAAUGAAUGUUAUUUUGUUAAAAAUUCAUCAAAAUUUAUCUCUUUUUUAUUAUAAUAAAAUUUUUUUUAAUAGUUAUAAUGAUUAGGAACAUGUAAAACUUUAGUGUAAGAACAUUUUUACAAUUAAAAAAGAUAUAUUGUAAUGAUGGAUACAUUUGAUAAUAUGUAUCUAUUCCUUACUGCCAGUGCCUAUUUAAAUAAAUUAUUAUAAAUUUUCUCACUCUUGAAAUCUCUACGAGUUUGUAAUAUAAGUAAAUUUUAAAUACACAUAGUGUUUAGCUUCUGGGCAAUUUAUUGUUAAAUAAAUAAAAUUUGUCUUUGUAGCUUUUCCCCCCCAAUUAUCUUAAAUUACUACUUAGUAGACUAAGUAUAAAACUAAUUCUUAUAAAUCUAUAUUUACAUAUAAAUUUUGGGCAAACUAUCCUAAAAGUUCCUUCUCUGUAAGGAAUUUUAAUGCAAGUUUUUACUAAACUAUAGAAAAAGUAUUAAACAUUAUGUAACAUAUGAUAGCUCAUUCUUAAAUUUGAGGGUAUUUGAGUUCUUUUUUCAUAAGGUUUUAGAAGCAUUUAAAAAUUGAAAAUAAUUUAACCGAAAAUAGUUUUGCAUUUAAGAAUGCUAAAAUUUAAUUUAUUUUUUGUAGUUUAUGAUAAUUGUUUUUCCCAUUAAGAAAUAAUUAUAUUUAAACAAAUAUAUUUUGGGAUUUGAAACCUAUUAAUCUUCAUUUACUUAAAUAUUUGUGUUUUCUUAUUUUUAUAUCUAUGUUUUAAUUUUGUUUAAGAAUGUGUCUUCAGUAAUAAUUUACUCUUGUUUUAGUAUUCAAUAUCUCUGUAUUAAUUCAUAUUUUACUAUGCAGGUGAAACAUGUGAUAAAAUUUUAUUCAUUUUAAUAGUGCUGUGAUAUUUCAAUGUGAGACAUUUUUGUUUUCAGCUUCCAAAUUAUCUAUUUUAUUGUCAUUUUUUAAAAAUGUUUGCUAACUCUGCAUAGUAUCUUAUUCCUUAACCUUCACGUUUUGUCCAAGAUAAGAAUAGUUCUGUUAUUCCUUAUUAAACUAUAAAUGAAUAUAUGUUAGAAAAUGUAUUUUAUUUAAAUAACCCAAAAACAUGUUAAGUAAGAUUUUGUAUUUGUUAAGAGUUUUGCAGUAUUAAAAAUAUAGUUUAGUAACAGAAUUUUUAAUUUGUAUUAGUAAGAAUCAGUUUUUAUACAACAUGUGUUAAAAAUAGCAUUUCCCUUUCUUCGUAUCUUCCCAUAUAAAAUUUUUUUUCUUCAUAAUAAUGAAUUUUCUUUAAAAGUUUCCAUAAAGCCUCUAUUUCUUAAUAUGUUUAUAUUAAAAUAUUCAUUUGACUACAAGUAGUCAAAAAGAAUGCUUGCUAUCCAUUUAAAUUGUGUUAUGAAAAUGAAUAAAAUUAAAAUUACGAAAAUUUAAAUUGUCAAAAUAUAUCAAAAUCAGUUCACGAUUUUCAGAUGUUUGUGCUGAGAAAAAAUAUCACAUUUUAAACAAUCUUUAAUAUAAAUACAUAUUUAAAGAACCUUUAUUUCAUAAUAGUUGAAGAAAAAAUAUCACAAACUUUUAACAUAAGAUGUAUAGAAUCUACUGAUUUUUAUUUGAACUAAUUUUCAAAUUAUUUCUUCAGUGUAAAACUAUUGAUUAAUAGCAAAUUUAUUCUGAUCUCAAAUAACAUUUUAACUAGUCAAAGCAAAUACUCAUUUACUGCCUCUUUUUUUUAUGAAGGUAGUAUUCUUAUUUUUACAAUUUGUUAUUAUCUCAAGAUAUGUUUUUUUUAUUACUUUUAUGAAGCAUUAAAUAUUCUUUUUAAAGUUUUAGUUUUAUUUUAUUCAAAAGUAAAAGAUUGUUCUGUGCUUUUUUUCUCUCUAAGAAGAUAUGUUAUGCCAUGGGGAAAACUUUGCAUGGCAAAUCCUAUUCUACCCCCACUGUUUAUUUAAGGUUUAGAGAAAAUAGAGUACAGGUAAACCCACAGAAAAACCAUGGCAUUUCAAAAUAUCAAAAUGUAAACAAAUUAUGACAGGAUUUUGCAGUGUGUAAGUAAUCUGGCGAACAUUUAUUAUUAUUAUUUUUUUUGUAAGCAUUUACUCUAAAUUUUCCAGAUAUCAUUUUUCUCAAAACUGCCAAUCACUGGUUUUAGUCUAGUUCUUACUGUACUGGACUACUGGGCCAGUAAUUGUGGGUUCGAAUCCCACUGUAGACAUGAAUGUAACUUUCUGUGUUCUAUGUCUUUUUUUCUGUGUGAUUGUGUGAAAGUAAUCCACCCUAUAAAUGGGUUUGUGGUUGUAUGACGUGGGCAACAAAACUCCACCGCGGUGGCCUAGCCACAGAUCCCCACUGGAUAACGAUAAAAGAGUAGCAAUUCUGGCAUUUCUGAAGCCAAUGGGAAAUAAACUCAAGUACCCUUGAUAAAAAAAGAAACUUUUCUCUAAACUUUAAAGAAGGUGAAAAAUAAUUAGCCAUGAAGAGUUUCUCAAAUUGUUUAUCACUAGUGAUAAAGUUAAUUUACACAGCAGAUAGCCUCUCUAGGUCUUAUAACAUGGUAUAUAUCAGAAGAAAUAUGGAAAGCUGUUUGUAAAACUUUUGCUUCAAAGGAACAGCCAUUUACUAUAGAGGAUUUUCGCUCGCAAAUACACAGAAUGAUUGGCAACCAUGUGGCUCGUUUGUGAGAGGUAAAUAUGGUUUAUAUGUUAUUUUUUAAGGUUAAGAUAACCUAACAUCCUAUUUAAAAUAAUCCUUUACUGCGAAUAUAACAUUAUAGAUGUUUAAAGUGUAAGAUACACACAUUUUUGCAUAAUACCAAUAUGAUUUUAAAGGAUACAAUAAAGUUCUCCUUCAGACAGAAAAACCAUUUUACUUCUCCCUAAAGAGAAUUAUCUAUCCAGAAUUUUCUCAUUUAUUAUUUGGUUGCUAACUUUUUUGUUUAGUUUUAAUCGAAUACAUUUUAAAAGAUGAAAUGAAAUUAAAAUUUUUUUUCAGUUACUUAAUAAGGAAAUUCCAAAUAUAUAAUAGUCUGUAGAAAUAAAAGGCUUUUUCUGUCUAAAGGGGAACUGUGAAAAUUUCUGAACAAAAGAUGGUUUUUAUCAACUAUGUAAUUUCUACGGUGAGAAACAAUAUUUCUCAUAAUGUCUUUGUUUGAAUAAAAUAAAACUUAUUCCAACAAUAAAUAUUUAUUUUUAUAUAAA